AUGGAUGUUGGUACUGACAGGACUGUUACCGAAGAGGGUGAAGGUAGUGCACAAGUAGGAGAGCUGCGUGCACUUAUGUUAGCCGUCGAGAAUGGUGCCAAAGCCGUCUACACUGACUCUUACGCCACCUUCAAAGGAGCCACAGAGUGGAUUUGCCAAUGGGAAGCAAACCAGUGGGAAAUAGGUAGCACCGAAGUUUGGCGAGCUUCAGACUGGCAGAGGCUACUGGAGAUAGGCCGGUCGAGACCCAUCAUGGUGGGAUGGGUCAAAGGACACUCCAAGCAAGACACCCUUGCUGUGAUGUGGAACCAGCAGGUGGACGGCCUGGCACGAAUCCAUGUGCGGUCCAGGUUAGAGGUCGAAGAGCCAACAGGGAAGCGCCAUUAA